UCUUCCUCCUCCCCACUCUCUUCUCCUCUCCUCUCUAGCCUUUAGCUAUACCCUGGUACUGCUACAGCCACCACCUCUAGACAUCCAUCGGUCGAGUUCGUGCUGCGCAAGCAUCGCCGUGAAUGCGACGGCCGCGCACGCACGCGUCCUCUCCUCCCCCGCUUCCUCCGCUCCCGCCUCCGUUCCCCCGUGCUCCGGUCCGGUGAUGGGACAGCAGCAGCUACAGCGGAGGAGAAAGGUUAAUCAUGAUACAGUAGCGAGUUAAUAGUAGCUGCCUCGCCAUUGCUCUCGUCCUCUCCGGCCGGCCGCGCGUAUCCUCGUCAGCUUCUCCGGCCGACGCACGCACGCAGGCAGAGACGACGUACGAUAGAAACUGCCCGGCCUGGUUGCUUGCUCCCCUACACUUCCUCCUCUCCCUAGCUCGGCUAGGCUCUUAUUAGCUGCAUACAAUUAUUCCUCCGAGUUCCGGCAGCGCCAAGCUAUAUAUAUUUCCUUCCUGCCCACCUCCCAAUCCCAGCCUCAUACUAUCACACACCGCUCAAGCUACAGCAACAUAGAUAUAGAUAUAUGCCCCUGCCCUGCCGGCCUAAUUCUUGCUUCCUACUAGCGCGCUAGCUUCAUCUCUCUCGACCAUCUUCUCUUCUUGGAUCUCGCAUCUACCUAGCUAGUACGAGCAACAAAUUGCAGGGAGAAAGAGAGAGGAGGGAGAAGACAUCUACAUAGAUUAUCAGGUGGUGAUAGCACAUGGGGCUGAGGGACAUCGAGAUGACGCUGCCGCCGGGGUUCCGGUUCUACCCGAGCGACGAGGAGCUGGUGUGCCACUACCUGCACAACAAGGUGGCCAACCACCGCUUCGCCGGAGGAGCGGCGGCCGCCGCCGCUGGGGGCACCAUGGUCGAGGUCGAUCUGCACGUCCACGAGCCAUGGGAGCUGCCAGAUGUGGCGAAGCUGAGCACGAACGAGUGGUACUUCUUCAGCUUCCGCGACCGCAAGUAUGCGACGGGGCUGCGCACUAACCGCGCCACCAAGACCGGUUACUGGAAGGCCACCGGAAAGGACCGAGUCAUCCGCAACCACAGAUCGGCGUCGUCGUCUUCCGGCCGCGCUGCAAUUGUCGGCAUGCGCAAGACCCUCGUCUUCUACCGCGGCCGCGCCCCCAACGGCACCAAGUCCUGCUGGGUCAUGCACGAGUUCCGCAUCGAGAACCCCCACUCACCACCGAAGGAGGACUGGGUGCUAUGCAGAGUUUUCUACAAGAAAAAGGCUGACACGGAGUACGCCAUGGACAGAGAGCAGGAGAUCAUCGCUGGCGGCGCUACCGUGAAGGGAUAUGACUAUGGCAGCGCCUCAUCGUGCCAAGAUCCGGACUACCACUCGCCUCUGGCUCCGUUCCCCUCCCUUGGCGUUGGCGGCCACCAUUACCAGCUACCACUGUCUUCGCAGGAUCACCACAGGCUCAGCAUCGACGCCUUCUCAAGCAUGCCGCCGCUGCUGAGCUACGACAGCAUCCUCGAUUUCAACCAGCAGCUCGAUGCCGGAAGUGCAGCCACGGUCUCAAGAGACGGCAGCGGGGAUCAGUGCGGCGGGGUGCUGACGAUGGACCUAGGGCUGCAGGAGGAGUACAACUACAACAGCCUGAUGUAGACGUGAAUAUGUGAUGUGGAUCGGUGCUGCACUGCUUCUCCUAUUGCGAUCCAUCCCACGGUAGUGUGUAAUUAACAACUUGGUUUUCAUUAUUCGUUCGUGAUCUUGUGCAGAUUUAGUUUGGGCAUGUAAAUGUAGUGUAGAAGUAUACAAAACAUAUAUACUAUUGCAUUGGCUUAUAUAAUUGAUCUGGAUUGAUUAGGAUAUAUGAGAGAGUGACACUGUUGUCAUGUACAUAUGUAAUAAUGUAUGGAUCCGUUAUUUUUGUUGCGAGAAUGAAGCCGAUUUGGGACA